UCCUGAGUGGUGUCACCGUGUUAUGGUUCCCCUUGUGUGGACGUUCACGUGAAGCGCGGUUAAUCGUGAUUUCUUAUUUGUUCGUUAACCAAUUGUCCAACAUGCAUUUAACUCACGAGCUAGAGCUUUUUCCCGACCAAAAAGUGACACAAAUGCUUUUCAAGGAGGUGAAAAAUGCCGCAGAGUUGAGACAGAGCGCUAUGGAGGGUAAAAUAAACGGUGCCUUGAUCAACCCGACGAUGCUGGUGGAUCCUUUCCAAGUGCUAGUCGCUGCCAACAAGGCUGUCCACUUACAGAAAACUGGGAAAAUGAAGACCAGAAGUCUAUAUUCAGAAAUAAUCUUCAACCUGUCACCUAACAAUAAUAUCUCUGAGGCGUUUAAAAAGUUUGGAAUCUCUGACGGCGACAGCUCUGUCAUGGUGGUCCUGGUUCACAGCGAAGACGAGUCCCAGCUCCUGUCAGACAUUACUGCCAGGGUGAACGGACGGCAGGUUCCAGUCGAAGAUGUUUCCUCUCUGUCUGACCAGGCAAAGAUCAAAAAGCUGUAUAAAGUCACUCCCCAGGAGGAGAAGAGCGGGACUCUGCUCGAUGCAGUUGUAUGCAGGAUGGCCAUCAAGGACGUCAUGUAGCCACAGCAGGAAAAAGGACCAGCACUGGACUUUUCUAAAAGAAAUAGUGGCCUUUUUCCCACAAGAUGUGGAGUUUUCUGCUUUUGUGCUGAUGUUAUUCCACCAUAUUGUGAAUUCCCAAAACUAUAGACAUUGUCUUUUGUGCACUCCAAGCCCAAAUCAAAGUAAAAGUCACAUUUUAAGUACA